AUGCCACACAAGCGAGCCAAGGCUAGCAUUAGGAAAGCCGAAAGUCAACGGAAAGGAUUCGACUUGCCGCCCAAUCAAAAUGUCAACAAGAAGAAGAAGAGAAAAGAGAAGCACGAUUCUAGCCGAGUAAAAACAUAUCAGAUCGGUGAGGACAUUCCCAAAAACAUGUUCAGGAUUCUCAACGCCGAAAAAAUUCGAGCCGAAUACAAAAUCAGGAAAUCCCAAGAUAGUGAUCCCUCCUCUACUCCAAAUCAACGCUCAAAGCCGCAAUCCACGGGAGGAACGAACGACACAGCGUCGACAUCUAAACGACGCAACAAAUCUACAACACAGCUGUCCAAAGCACAAGACGAGCUUAAAAUUCUUCCUGGCGAAGGACUCGGCAGCUUCAAUCGACGAGUCGAAGCCGCUUUGCGGCCGAAAGUAACCGCCCUAAUGAAAUCAGCAAAAAACAAAAUGGCGCUCAAGAAAGCUGAUUCCGCCGGACCCGCUUCUUCGACCUCCAAGCCAGCUCAAGGAGAGAAAGAAGCUGAAGGGGAUGCCGAGACGGUCGCGCGAGAGGGCCCGAGAGUGACGACGAGAGCGGUGAAAGACUUCGCGCCUCGGCCGUCCAAGUUCCCCAUCACCGAUGUGGCCAUGGAGCCGCCGACGCUUUCGCUCACCAAAUCGAUGAAGAAGAACCUCGCUACCAACCGCACCCCUCUGCCUAUCUCUUCCGCCCAGAAACGCUGCUUGGAAAUCGAGCGCGAUAAAGCCGUCAAACGCUACCGCGAAAUGAAGGAAGAACGCUUCGCCCAGCAACAGUAA